AGGGAUGAACAGAUAUCCAGUGGAAGCAAAAGCAGUUGGACUAGUGCAGCAUGGGAGGCAGAAGCUGUACAUCUUGUCCAUUCUGUGGUCUGAUCGCAAUAACAUCAUCAUAUACAGAACCUAUGACAGCUUUAAGGAGCUCUCAAAACUGCUUUCAAAUACCUUUCCGCUUGAGGCCGGGCUGGUCAAUAAGUCGGACAGAACUCUUCCCGUGCUGAAAGAUGUCCCCCUGCUCUUCUGGACUAGAUUCUCCUCCCGUUUCUUGGAGAGACUUCGUCUAUUGGAGGUUUACUCUGAGGAGCUCCUCCAAACCGACCCCAAAAUCUCUCAGUGCGAGGACGUUGUUUCCUUUUUCUCUCCUAACAACCAGGACCUGGCCCCAUCCUUCCCUGAAAACAGUCUAGUGAUACUGCCGUCAGAAAAUGACCAGAAGCAAAGAGUGGUGGUCUCCCCAUCAAAGUCAUAUGAGCCCAACACACAGCCCAUCGUAUCAGAACCUUACCUAUGCAUUGACGCCUAUGAAACUAAAGACACCAAGAACAGGCCAUUCAAGGUCCAGAAGAAUGAACAAAUAGAUGUCCUCAUGAAAGAUGCUACUGGCUGGUGGUUGGUGGAAAAUAAAGAGAAGUGUCUGGCUUGGUUUCCAGCACCGUACCUAGCAAAGCCAAAGUCGUCGUACAUGGAAUUCAAGGAUAAAUCAUUUCAUAGAGGUAAUUGA